CCGAUUCGACAGGGAGAAUCUCAGGGCCCGCGCCUACUUCCUGUCCCAUUGCCACAAGGAUCACAUGAAAGGAUUAAGAGCCCCGGCCUUGAAAAGAAGGUUGGAGUGCAGAUGAGGAAACUGAGGAACCAGAGAGGUUAAAUUAGUUGCCCAAGGUCACACAGCCAGUAGGUGGCAGGACCAGGAUUUCAACCAGCUUGAAGGUUUACUUAUACUGUUCACCUGUUACUAAAGAGUUGUUGUUAACUAGCCCGAAGUACAGGUUUUGGGAGAAAAGAAUUAUAUCAAUUGAAAUUGAAACUCCUACCCAGAUAUCAUUAGUCGAUGAAGCAUCAGGCGAGAAGGAAGAGAUUGUUGUGACUCUCUUACCAGCUGGUCAUUGCCCAGGAUCAGUCAUGUUUUUAUUUCAGGGUGAUAAUGGAACUGUCUUGUACACAGGAGACUUCAGACUGGCCAAAGGAGAGGCUGCCAGAAUGGAGUUUCUGCACUGUGGUGGCAGAGUGAAAGACAUCCAAAGUGUGUACUUAGAUACUACUUUCUGUGAUCCAAAAUUUUAUCAAAUUCCUAGUCGGGGGGAGUGUCUGAGUGGAAUACUGGAGCUGGUUCGGAGCUGGAUCACGCGGAGUCCGUACCAUGUUGUGUGGCUGAACUGCAAAGCAGCUUACGGGUAUGAGUAUCUGUUCACCCACCUCAGUGAAGAAUUUGGACUCCAGGUUCACGUGGAUAAACUAGACAUGUUUCGAAACAUGCCUGACAUUCUUAAUCAUCUUACCACAGACCGCAACACUCAGAUCCAUGCAUGUCGCCAUCCAAAGGCAGAGGAAUAUUUUCAGUGGAAUAAGUUACCCUGUGGAAUUACUUCCAAAAAUAGAAUUCCGCUCCACACAAUCAGCAUUAAGCCAUCCACCAUGUGGUUUGGAGAAAGAACCAGAAAAACAAAUGUAAUUGUGAGGACUGGAGAGAGUUCAUACAGAGCUUGUUUUUCCUUUCACUCCUCCUACAGUGAGAUUACAGAUUUCUUGAGCUACAUCUGCCCUGUGAAUGCACAUCCAAAUGUCAUUCCAGUGGGUACAACUGUGGAUAAAGUUACAGAAAUCUUAAAGCCUUUAUGCCGAUCUUCCCAAAGCACUGAGCCAAAGUACAAACCACUCGGAAAACUGAAGAGAGCUAGAACAACUCACCUAGACUCUGAGGAGGAGGAGGAGGAUGACCUCUUUGAUGAUCCUCUGCCAGUACCUUUAAGGCACAAAGUUCCAAACCAGCAGACUCUUCACCCUAAAGUAUUUCCAAUGACGGCAGUAUCACAAAACCAGCCUGAAAAACUAGGACAAAGCACAGGAUGCAUCAAAGCAGAGAGCAUGAAAACCUCUCUUUGGGCAAACUUUAUAGAUUGUGAAGAAUCCAACAGUGAAAGUGAAGAAGAAUUACAAAUCCCAGCUUCAUUUCAAGGAGAUCCGAGUCCUCUCACACAUCACCAGCAAAAGGCUGAUGCAGAAGUACCACAGUGGGACGUAUUCUUUAAAAGAAAUGAUAACACCACAGAUGACGGUUUGGAAAACUUCCCUUCCUCCACAGGGGGCUCUCAGUCACCACAGCUUUCCAGUGACUCUGAUGGCGAGUCAACUCACAUCUCUUCUCAGAAUUCCUCUCAGUCCACACACAUCUCAGAACAAGGAAGUCAAGGCUGGGACAGCCAGUCUGACACUAUUUUGUUAUCUUCCCAAGAGAGAAAUAGUGGGGAUAUGACUUCCUUGAACAAAGGUGGCUAUAGACCAAAAAUCAAAGAGAAUCUUCCUGCCUCUCAGACAGAAAAAAAUAUACUUUUCCCAAAGAACACUUACUCUGAAGAUGUAAAUGUAGUCUCUAAUGUUGGAGAACCAACUACUGUGAAUAGUGGGAAACACAUACCUCAGGAAAGAAAGUUGCUAACUCUUAGCACCAAUGCAGAUUCACAGAGCUCCUCUGAUUUUGAAAUUCCCGCAACUCCAGAAGCUGAGCUACCUCAACAAGAGCAUUUACAGUAUUUAUAUGAGAAGCUAGCAACAGGUAAUGAUAUAGUACUUGAGAAGAGAAAAAGCUCACUGUUAGAUAUUUAGAAAUUCAUUCUAGAGCCACCACUAAAAAAACCUAUACAAAGAGGUAAUAGUCAAAAUCAUAAUAAAGAGGUUAAGUAGUCAAAGAUCUUAAUAAAUUUAAAUGCUCAUAUAACCUAAAUGGAGACCGUAAAGGGGAAACAGGAACAAAAAAAGAUAGAGGGGAAAAAAAAAGAAAACAAACAAGAUAUGGUAGGACUAAAUACAAACAGAUCAAUAAUUAAAUGAAAAUGGUCUAAACACAACAAUGAAAAGAUACGAAAAAUAAAAUGACCCAGCUAUAUGCUGUCUAUAAGCAACUCACUUCUUCACAUGAUAUAGGUUAGUUAAAAGUAAAAGGAUAAAGACGAUACACCAUGUAACACUACUUAAGAGACAGAUUGAAUGGCUAUAAAAGGUGCAGUUUACCAAGAAUAUACAAUUUUAAAUGUGCGUCUUUAACAGCAGCGUCAAAAUAUACAGGCAUACCUCAGAGAUAUUGCAGGUUUACUUCUAGACCACUGCAACAAUGCAAAAAUCACAAAGCAGGUCACAUGAAUUUUUUGGUUUCCCAAUGCACAUAAAAGUUGUUUACAUUCUAUUAAGUAUGCAAUACCAUUAUGUCAAAAAAACAAAAACAAAAACCCAGCAUACCUUACUUUGAAAAUACUUUGUUGCCCUGGCUGGUUUGGCUCAGCCGCUUAGAACAUUGGC